GACAGACGGGGGUGGAGUCGGGGGAGGAGGUGGCCAGGCCGGUCUGCGACAGGGGACCCUCCCAGAGUCGGCCCAAUGGCCUGCCUUCCCUGCAGUGACAGUGACCGUGACCCGCUCCGGGGGGCUGGCUUGCCCGCACGCCCACAAACAGCCCAGCCUAAGGAGUCAGCCCGCAUUCCUGGCUGCUGCUCCCUACUGCUCAGAAGGAAAGCUCUCUCGGAAGAGCUGGGAAGGUGCCCGCCCCCGGCCAUGCUGGCGCCCGCGCUGCUCUGCGCCCACCUGCUGCUGGCAGCCCCCGCCUCGCGCGCCUGGCCCGGCGCCGCCCCGGACGAGCCCGAGCCCCAGCCCCAGCCCCAGCCCGAGCCCGGCCCCGGCGCGGUGGCGGCGCAGCUCAGCGACAUGCACGACAAAGUGACGGCCAUCUGGCAGCAGCUGACGCAGCGCGCGGCCGAGCCGGGGGCCCCGGGCUCCGCGCUGCACGCCGCCUGCCGGGUGCAGCCGUCCGCCUCGCUGGACCCCGCGCAGCCGCGCGUGAGCGGCCUCGUGCUGUUCCGCCAGCCCGCGCCCGGCGCCCCGCUCGAGGCCUUCUUCCACCUGGACGGCUUCCCGGCCGAGCGCAACGGCUCCCGCCGCGCCAUCCACGUGCACCGCUUCGGCGACCUGAGCCCGGGCUGCGAGGCCGCGGGGCCGCACUACAACCCGCGCGCCGCGCCGCACCCGCACCACCCCGGCGACUUCGGCAACUUCGCGGUGCGCGACGGCCGCGUCCGGAAGCACCGCGGCGGCCUGGCCGCCUCCCUCGCCGGCCCGCACUCCAUCGUGGGCCGCGCCGUCGUGGUGCACGCGGGCGAGGACGACCUGGGCCGCGGCGGCGACCCCGCCAGCCUGGACCACGGCAACGCGGGCCGCCGCCUGGCCUGCUGCGUCGUCGGCGUGUGCGGGCCGCUGCCCUGGGCGCGCGCGGCGCGGGAGCACGCGGAGCGCAGGAAGCGGCGGCGGGACAGCGACUGCCAGGCGGCCUGAGCGCCGGCCCCCGGCCCCCACCCCGCGGAUGCGGCGGGUGGGGAGCCCCCCGGAGGCCCCGACGCCCCUCCCCGCGCGCGCACCCUCGGACCUGCGCCCCCGCCCCACCUCGACCCCCUUCCUCUGCCCCGGGAGACCCCGACGCCCCUCGCGGCGCGCGCACCCUUGGACCUGCAAGGCCCCCGCCCCACCUCGACCCCCUCCCUCUGCCCUCUGCAGGCCCCGACACCCCUCCCUGCGCCCCAGGACCUGCAUCCCCCAUCCACCUGCCUCCAGCCCCUCCCUCUGUCCCCGGAGGCCCUGAGGCCCCUCCCCUCGCGCACACCCUCGGACCUGCACCCCCUGCCCCACCUCGACCCCCUUCCUCUGCCCCGGGAGGCCCCGACGACCCUCGCGGCGCGCGCACCCUCGGACCUGCACCCCCCGCCCCACCUCGACCCCCUCCCUCUGCCCCCUGCAGGCCCCGACACCCCUCCCUGCGCCCCAGGACCUGCAUCCCCCCUCCACCUGCCUCCAGCCCCUCCCUCUGCCCCCGGGGGCCCCCUCUCGCCAUCUGAGGUCUCCCCGAAAAUCCCUCCCCGCUGAGGCCCCCAACCACGUACGCAGACACCGCCGCCUGCAUCCGGAAGGCAGCCCCCCGCCCUCCGAGACACUCAUCCUGAGCUCUGAGGACCCCAGGACCUAGUGAUGUGACCCAUCUGCCCGCCCAGACACCCCUCCCUGCCCGCCCCACCCCGAGGUCCCUUCUUACCCUGACACCCCUCUCGUUAUUCCAGGAGCCCUGAAAUCCCACUUUGCCCUAAGGAUUCGGUCCCUGCCACCCCUUAGACUCCUUCGAGGGGUCCUGAGACCCCUCGUGAGGUUACCUAGCCCCCCGUGCCCCCGACAGACCCACCACUCUCAUACACGGUGCCAGCACCCGCUGCCUGCAGUCAGGCGCCCCUGCCCGGUGUCCUCAGCUGCCCCUCGCCCGCGGCCCCCCCCACAGAGCUGCUCCUUGGGGGGGGGGUGCUGUUUGAGAGUCUUUGUGUUGCACAUUAAAACUCAACAAUUUAGACCUGCA